CAAAUCUUGCUUUGCACGUUUACCCUCGAAUUUAAAGAUAAUUACCAGGAAGGCUAAUGUAUGGCUGGCGGCCAAAACACGAGCCGUUAUCUGAACAAGACAUGGGAGUUCACAACACAGUGAAGAGUUGGAGUUCACAAAACUGCGAGAAAAGGCUCUCCUUCGGCGCCUCCCAAACCGUGUCAUCAUCAAUGGCAGUAGAGCUUCGAUUGAACCUGCCAUGUACGAUGUUGAGAAAGAUGACAUCCAUCGCGUCGAUCCAGCGCUCGUUCCGUCUCGAUCUCUUCCUUCUUCUUUUCCUUCUCUCCAUCCCUCGCUCGAUCUCCGAACUGAAUCCGAUGCAAGGGUUCUGUGCUAUUGCAACUGAUUCGGACUGCAGCUCGUCAUUUACGAAGAUUUUGAUCAAGGGAGGGACCGUAGUGAACGCUCAUCACAAGGAGGUAGCGGAUGUGUACAUCGAGGACGGUAUCAUUGUGUCUGUGAGACCUAAUAUCAAGGUUGGGGAUGAUGUGAAAAUACUUGAUGCAACAGGGAAAUACGUCAUGCCAGGCGGGAUUGAUCCUCACACUCACCUAGAGAUGGAGUUUAUGGGAACUGUGAUGAUAGAUGAUUUUUUCACUGGUCAAGCUGGUGCAUUGGCAGGAGGGACAACCAUGCACAUUGACUUUGUUAUACCAGUUAAUGGAAGUUUAUCUGCAGGUUUUGAUUCCUAUAUGAACAAAGCAAAAACGGCAGUAAUGGACUAUGGUUUUCAUAUGGCCGUCAACAAGUGGGAUGAUGAAGUUGCUAAAGACAUGGAGUUAAUGGUUAAAGAGAAUGGGAUCAACUCUUUUAAAUUCUUUAUGGCAUACAAAGGAGCAUUGAUGGUCAACGAUGAGCUUUUAAUUCAAGGCUUGGAAAAAUGCAAGUCCCUUGGAGCAUUGGCUAUGGUUCAUGCAGAAAAUGGAGAUGCUGUUGCUGAAGGACAGAAAAGAAUGAUAGAUCUUGGAAUAACAGGUCCGGAGGGGCAUGCUCUUUCAAGGCCUCCAGUGGUGAUUCUCAAAACAUGUCUCUUGUACUGUACAAUGUUAAUAGUAGCUCUUCAUUUUACUUUCAAGUUGUUAGUAAGUUUUAGGCUAUUUUUCAAUUUGACUAUUCCUUUUUUAUAUAUAGUUUUUGUCUUUCCUCUUUAUUGAAUUGCUUCUUCUAUU